CAAAAAUAUAGGACAACUAGUACUAUUGGCCCAAAGAUGUGUGCAAUAACGUCUUCAAAUGGGAUUUCCAUGGUAUAAUUUAAACCUUAUUUAAGGAGGAUAUCUAAUAGAAAUCCAUGCUUGAUAUUGGUUGUUGCUGUACAAAAAGCAUAAUGGAGUAUAAUCAUCUGAAAAUUAAGAUGGAGAUCUCUAGUGAAGUACCCUUGCCUGAUGUCUUUAGCUACUGCUUAGAUAAUCAGAAAUUCAGAGAGCGCUGGCAGGACAUCUACAAGUUAGCUGAUGAACACAUUUGGGAAACCCGUUUGAACUGCAAGGAUCUGUUUGAUUCUGAGGAAUGGAAAAAUGGGGAGCAGUUUGUGAUGGGACAUGACGAAUCAGACCCAAAGAGUGACACUGCCUACAAACUGAUGUUCGAUAUGAUUCUGGAACACUUUGAUAAACUGGAACACGAAGAUGCUGGUCAGACCCAGAGGUUGUCACAGAGGGUUAUCUACGACAGUAUAAAGAACAUAUAUGAAAGAAACCCCAAGCCUUUCAUCUGCAGUAUGUGCCGAUUUCUGGUGGAGGAACAGAGGCUGCUGAAACAGUUUGUGGCUGUAGAGGCAAAAGCAAUGGAGAUUUGCUAUGAUGACCAGGACCAGAUCAUCAGAUACCUGGAUCAGUGCAGCAAGAAUCUCAGUACUUGCAUUGACAAGUUAGAAUCCCUAGAGGAUACCUUGAAUGCUCAAGCAGGCUUUGACCAGCUAACUGGAGCAGGAUUCAAUGGCCUGAAUGCUGCAACCGACCAGCAAAGAAAACAGUAUGAGGCACAUCAGAAAAAACUACAGAUGUUUGCAGUGCUUCAUCAGGAUAUCACCAAUAACCUGCAAGAAAUUGAGACGAAGUCCCUAGAAGCAGAGAACAUUCUCUCCAGGAAGAUGUCCGAUUUUAAGAAACAGCUGCAGUUGUUCUAUGUGGACCUGGUGGACCACAGACCACCGAUUCCUACUGAAGUAGAGAGGGGGUAUUCCUGGCUUGGACAGAUCCUCUAUGAUAUUUUACAGUAUCACCUGCCUAAACUUGAAUUGUUAGCAGCAACUGAUGUCACACACAGCAUUGGGGGUACUCUCAAAAAAUGCUUUGAAAGGCUUCUACAGAGUUCCUUUGUUGUGACGGAACAACAGAAGCACAUCAUAAAGGUGGAACUUGGCUCUAAAAAGAGGAAUAAAGAGGCAGAGGAAGGGGGAGAGGAGACAGCCAAUCAGAAGUUUAGAUGUCCCAAGUUCUACGGCUCUGUAAGACUUCUGGCCUGUGAUAACAUUGAUUGUAAAGGGAAAGUGAAAGCACAGUUCUGUAACGAGUCAGAGGUCAAUGAGAAGUUUCACAGUGGGAAUUGGGACAGUCCUUGUGAGAUCAGACUAAAAGCCAAAACCGACGAAUCCACUUUUGAGAAAAAGAAGGCCUUGGCUUCUUUUAAGAAAAUGGAAAUAGAGAAGUUUGAGAGAAAGCCCGAUGUUCAAGUCUGUGAAGAUAAAUUUAGAAUUGUCUUCACCACUCGGGUCAAGGUCGCAGAACAGGAUAUACCUGUAGCAACGAUUUCUCUGCCCAUUGUCGUAACAACUGGAGCCAGCCAGAGCUGUAAUGUACAUGGAUCGUUACUGUGGCAAUGUUACAGUACCGAAAAUGCUUUUCAGCUGCCAAUAGAAACAUCGAACUCUCUGAAGUGGAUCACUGUGUUUGAUAUGCUCAACAAGAAGAUGCAGACAUUAGGAGGACGAGAUCUCUGUAUUGAUGAAAAAUCUCAUCUAGGGGAGCGAUUAAUGCUGGAGGAUAAGCCAAUACCAGAUGACAUGGACAUUCCUUUUAGGAGAUUUUGUGUUGAGAAGAUGAUGGAUAUUAAGGAAGGGGAUGACAAGAAGAAAUCGGCCACCUUUUGGAUGUGGUUUCUUGCUGUCUUUAAUCUGACCAAAUCUCACCUAAGAGACUAUUGGAAUGAUGGGUUGAUAGCAGGAUUCAUUAAGAAAGAGACUGCAGAACAAAGACUGAAGAACAGCAUACACCCACUGAAGGAAUAUACCUACCUGUUACGAUUCUCAGACAAGGUCAUCACUGACGGUCAAGGUCAAAACCUCUGUGGAGCCAUCUCAGCUACCGUCUUGUACAAAAACAAAAAUGGACAGUGGAAAUGCUUUCCUACUGAUCCCUUUAAAGCAGACACCUUCAAGAAGAAGUCCCUUGCCCAGUGUGUGAAAAAUACAUGUAUGCCUGGCGAUACGAAGGUUUAUCUUCUGCAGUGGUUGUAUAAGAGUCCAACUUGUCUAGUCAGGACAGAGGAGGCGUUUGAGCAGUACAAUACUGAAACCAAAAGCAAAGGAGAAACUCCAGGUUACAAGAAGUUUGAGGAAAUUCUGAUUGUCACCUUGAAUGAUAUGAAUUUAGAUGAGGACCCAUCUUCAGAAAGAAAAAGAGACAUAAAGAAGGCAGUGCCUCCUUCAAAGAAACGGGAGGGGGCACACAACAGGCCUGGAGUAAUAAAAAACAAACGUUUAUCUGAGCCGCAGCGAGAACCUAAUGUCUACUCGGAUGUACAGCAGCAUCCCUCUUACUCCCCAAUGUCCCUGCCCCCCGGCUCCCCUCAGAUGCAUAUCAUACCUCAGACGGUACUAGAAUUCAGUGGAGGGGAAUCACAGGACAGCAUGGGGAGCCAGGGUCACACUACCCUGUACCAGAGGGUACCUUUCAUGCAGAAUUCUCAGCAAGUCAUAAUGGAGAAUUCAAAUUUCAGUCCGACUCAAACAUUCAACGCUAAUGGGAGUCUAUCUAGUACACACCCCACAUUAUCUAAUAUGCUCGGUACAUCAAAUGCCAACAAUUUUCAGACGAUUGACGAAAAUGCUCUUGGUAACACAUUUCUGCCACCAAAUAUGGACCCUGGGUUUCAGGACAUAGCAGUAUAUGCUCAGCAGCAGACUAGCCAAUCUCCUGGCAUGUACAGCAAUACUCCACAGACUAGCCCAGCACCCUCCAUGUACUCCAUGCAGCAGCCAAGUCCAGCGAAUUCUGUCCAUUCCCUGCAGAGUCCGGACCACAGCACCCAAUUUGUUUCCAUGGCAUCCACCGUUUAUGCCCCAGUCCAGGCAACAUCUACAUCAGCAGGACAGAAGCCCAAAGCCAACAUCGCAGAACAGAUGUUGAAGUUCAAAAAUUUACAGAUGAAGAUUGGGGUUUGCAGUUCAGACUCUGCUGCUCUGCCACCUUCAAUGUCCCCGGCCUACUCCCCCCAUGCUGCUGCCACCCUCCAGUCCCCACCUCAGCAGUCCUAUGCUGCGUCCCCAGCUGGGAGUAUUCAGACUAGCAGUAUGCAGUCUCCAUGCUCCCAGUCCAUGUUCUCUGAUGCCUCCUCUCCAGCUGGUAGUGUGACCUCUACAGCAAUGGAGGAUUCCGUAACCAUGGAGAGUCUAGAAGCCAUGUUGAGUGAUAUAAAUAAGGAAGAACUCAUUGAAAACCUGAAAGGUGCUUUCAAUGAGGUAAAUUCUUUAGCUUUAAUGGAGUGACUCCAGGCAGAAGAAUUUAUAUCAUAGAUUACAUCUAAUCAGGACACUGAUGAAGGAAAUUCGUCCAUGGCAGAAUUAUACAAUUCAUAAAUUUGCAGUUCAGUUUUAAAUAUCUUGCACAUCUAAUGUUUUAAGCAUCCAUCCAAUUUAUCUUAUAUACAUGUAACCAUUGAAUUAUUUAAUUUUGCACUGUGUUACAACCUUAAUUCAGUUUAUUUUCA